AUGUGCUUUGGCCCUUCUCUAGUCUCGAUCUUGCCAGACCUUCCACCGGGAGACUGGAACGAUGGGUUGGUUACCAAAGACGCUACCGGCCAAGCAUAUUUUGCUUCCGUUAAGUUAACCCAAUUCCCUGGGGUGGAAAACCACUGGCAUGAAACAUAUGUGGACUGCUUGGAGCUUUCAUUCGUACGAAAAUUACGGACGGGGCUCUACGAAGUCAACUGCCCAUCCGUCGAUGGCUCUCUCGUCACUAAGUUCGCCCGUUUCCCCUGGGAAAUUCAAUACAUUGAGAACGAAACCUCCGCAUAUCAAUGGAUAACGGGGUAUGGCAUCGGACCCCGGUUUCCAGGUCACUUGACCGAAAAUAGCCGAGUGAUCGGAUUUUUAAUGGAAUACAUAUCCAAUGCGAGGCACGCGGACGCUCAGGAUGUUGGUAUCUGCAGGGAGGUCUUGUCCCAGCUACAUGGCAUAGGGAUCCUUCAUGGCGAUACAAAUCGAUUUAACUUCCUCAUCCACGACUAUCUUGUCGUCACUUUUGAUCGCACUGCGUCGCUAGCUUUUGAGACCAAGGAGGUCUUUGAGGGCUAUUGUGUUUAG